CAGAGAGGCCAGGACUAUUCUACCUGCCACUGCUGUCUCCCUCUCUGUCAAGCCGAGCGAGCGCACACGUAAAACACUUCACAGCCAAACUCUACACAACUGCCUAAUUAUCAUGGCAGUUUUCUCAUGAACAAUCAUGAAACUGAACUUGUGGCUCAGUGUUAGACAAUGGUGUUAGUUUUGGUCUCUGUACUGUUUAUAAAGCUGAGGAGGCCAGUCAGAUGCAGAGGUCACUAGGAUGAAGGAUGAAAUGUCUGUCCCACUGAAAAUGCUGCAUCCAGAUGAAGAGAAUGAACUUUGACCCAGAGAACUGCUCACUUCUCUUUUUCUUCCAUUCUUAGUAAACCCUAAAGAUCAGCUGUUUCUAAAAUACUCAGAGCAGCCCGGUUAAAGGAGAUGUUCUUCUUGGCAGGAAACCCGAACUUUUCCAUCCUGCUGGCAAUCUCUCCAGAGUUAUGGCCCUGAGGGGUCACAGUGUCACACUUGAAUGUUUGCCCAGUGGCUUGCCAACUCCUCAGGUGGAAUGGAAGAAGAAGGAUGGUGUCCUGGCAAACACAGCUGCUCAUGUUAUUAACUUUGACCGCUGGCUUUACUUCGACAGCAUCACCCUGGAUGAUGUUGGCGAGUACGAAUGCAAAGCCUCCAACACCCACGGCUCCACCGCACACUUUUUCACAGUCACUGUGGAAGCGGCUCCUUACUGGGUGAAGGAGCCCCAGAACGGGAUGUACACUCUGGGUAAAACUGUGAGACUGGACUGUCAGGCGGACGGCAUCCCGAGGCCCAGCAUCACCUGGAGGAUCAACGGUCAGCUGUUCACAGAAGUGGAUGAAGAGCCUCGGCGCAGUGUAGCAGGCGGGUUGAUGAUACUGAGAGACGUGAAUAUCGAAGACACAGCCGUGUAUCAAUGUGAAGCCACUAAUGUGCACGGCUCCAUCGUCAUCAAUGCCUUCCUUUAUGUCAUUGGCCUCUCUUGUUUCCCUGACGGGGUCAUCUAUAAGGCUGUUGAUGGCGAUGACAUCACGCUUCCCUGUGAAUGUUCUGGCUUCCCGCCACUUCACAUCAUAUGGAAGCGUCAGGACCUGCUGUCAGACCCUCGUGUGUCUUUGGAGCCCAGCGGGACAAUCAAACUGUCCAGUGUCAGCCACAAUGACAGCGGACUGUACACCUGCUCUAUAGAAAACGUUAACAUCUCCAUCACUGCUGAGCUGCAAGUCUUCAAUCGAACGGUGAUCCUGACGGGUCCCCAGGACGUUCGCGCCCUCCGAGGUACCAGCGUCCUCCUGGACUGUUGUUUCGCUGUAGAUCCUCGGCUGAGCAGUUACCAGGUGGUCUGGAGGCAAGGCGACCGGAAACUAUCAGAGUCUAGUGUCGAUAAAAAGUACAUGAUCUUUGACAACGGUACGCUCAGAGUAACGGACGUCCAAUUACACGACACCGCUGAAUACUCCUGUGAGGUCAUCACGGAUGUGGACAAGAUUACCGCCCAGGCCUCCAUCACCGUCAUCGACCCUGACAGAUUCUCCACAAAAAACUGGCUGAUAACCACCUGCACCAUCGGGCUGUUGGUUCUGAUAGUCUUCAUCCUCACAUGGUGCAAGCACAGCAAAUACAGAGGUUUGAGGACCAGAGGAAACUCAGAGGGCACAAACAUGGAGGACGUCCACUACGAGAACUGUACUCCAGGUUCUACACGUGAAGACUCGACCUACCAGAGCCUCGAUGCAGCCGGCAGGGACCAGGACCAGACCUACUCUACACUCACACACCACACAUGAGACUCUCUGGAUUCACGCCUGGGUUUGUUUUUCUACUUGAAGACUUCAGUCUUUUUACAGACCCUGGAAAUUCACAGCAACUACACCCAUAAAUGUGCACAUUUUAAGCCUUAAUACAACUUAAUAGGUUAAGUUUUAAAAAUAAACAACUCCCUGAAUGUUUGUUAUAAAGGAGGAAAUUGCAGAUAGAAAGACAAAAACGUCUUGGUCUCUGUCUGUCACCCUUGUAAAACGUGUUUAUUUCCGGUGUAAAGUUGGACAUCAAGUCUAUGGUUGACUCACUGGAGCCUCAAGCAAACAUUAG